AUGCAUGUCACAGAAGAAACCCUCCAGACAGAAUAUUGGCAGAAGCUAAUUGAUCUACAGGCAAGCAAGCAGCGACUUGGCGCGGCCCUAGAAUCUAUCAACAAGGCUGGGUCCGAGUGCAAUGUCGGAGAGGUGGGGAAAUGCAAGCGCAAAAUGGCUAGACAGCUUUUGGUGACACCAGCAGGCCAACUUGCAAUGGAUAGGAUGAAGACAUGUAUCUACAUCAAUGCAAGGAACUACAUUUGGACUGGCCCUGGUGAGAGCACCAUCAAACCUGCCCCCAUCAUUGCACCCUCCACAUCUUUGGAAUCAGCCUCUUUGCCUUUGCUGGUGAUGCCUGGUGAGACACUCCAAAUGGAUCUGAGCAAGACAGAAGAGGAUUUGGGGGAGGAGGAGGAGGAGGAGGAGGAGGACUCAAUAGCACUGGCACGGACCUUAUAUAAUGUCUUACACGUCUCUGCCGGUUCAACUCACGGGGACAAGGUGGAUAAAUAA